CAACCAUUUUAAAGCUAGCCCGCCAACAGCUUUAGCAGCCGCUUGUACUCAGGCGUGUAAUUGAGCUGCGAUGGAGUCUUUGACGACGGAGGAGGGCAACAGCAAUGGCGGUGGCGGUGGCGGAGGUUUCUUGGCAAACUGCCGGGAGCAGCUCCGCUGGGCGCUGGACAGGCUCAUCAUCAGCAGCAGGGGCACGGCCGUCGGGUUCGUCGGCAAGCUAGCCAAGAUCGCCCGCGACGACCCCCGGCGGGUGGCGCACUCGCUCAAGGUCGGGCUGGCGCUCACGCUGGUGUCCGUGCUUUACUACGUGACACCACUGUUCAAUGGCUGGGGAGACUCCGUCAUAUGGGCCGUGAUCACUGUCGUCGUCGUCAUGGAAUUCACAGUUGGGGGCACGCUGAGUAGAGGCCUGAACAGAACUAUUGCGACGUUGGUAGCCGGUUUCCUCGCCAUCGCAGCACAUAUGGCGGCCAACCUCUGUGGGGAAAAAGGGGAGCCGAUACUGCUCGGCGUGUUCGUCUUCUUAGUAGGGUCGGCAGCGACGUUCUCGCGGUUCAUCCCGGAGCUGAAGGCGAGGUACGACUACGGCGUGAUGAUUUUCAUACUGACCUUCACCAUGGUGGCUGUGUCGAGCUACCGCGUGGACGAGCUCCUGGAGUUCGCGCACGAGCGGCUCACCACCGUCGCCGUCGGCGUCACCAUCUGCCUCUUCACGACCCUCUUCGUUUUCCCGAUCUGGGCCGGGGAGGACCUCCACAAUCUCGCCGCCGACAGCCUCGAAAAACUGGCGGAGUUCCUUGAAGGAAUGGAAUCUGAAUGCUUCAGAGAGAACUCUCCAUGUGAAAAUUUAGAAGGCAAAGCCUUUCUUCAGGUGUACAAGGGUGUCCUCAAUUCCAAGGUCAGAGAGGACUCUUUGUGCACUUUUGCUAAGUGGGAGCCUAUUCACGGAAAAUUCCGCUUCCGCCACCCAUGGGGCCAAUAUCAAAAGCUCGGCGCUCUAUGUCGCCAGUGCGCUUCUUCAAUGGAGGCUCUUGCUUCGUGUGUCGUAGUCCUGAAAAAGUCUCAGUAUCCUGAAGCCAAUCCAGAGCUAUGCCUGAAACUUAGAGCUACAUGUGGUGCAAUGAGUUUGCACUCUGCAAAGGCGCUCAGAGGGCUCUCGUUGGCAGUUCGGACUAUGACUCUACCAUGUCAAACCAACGACAUGUCUACAGCGGCCAAAGUUGCAAGUGACUUCAGAACCCAGUUAUCAGAGGAUGCGGCUCUGUUGCAAGUGAUGCAUGGGGCCGUCGUUGCAUCUCUUCUAUCCGACGUAGUUAUUCAGAUCGAGAGAAUCACAGAAUCUACUAGCAAGCUAGCACGGCUUGCCCGCUUCACAAACCCUGAAAGGCCCCCAAGUGCUGUGGUUAUCAACGUAGAGGAUUGAUAGACAGAAUCAAUACUCCCUCUGUUUUCAAAGUAUAAGUCAUUUUAGUUUUGUUCUAGCUAGCAAAAUCAAACUUGUCUAAUAAAGUUAAGUAAGUCUAUAGAAAAAUAUAUUAACAAUACAAUAUCAAAUAAAUACACCAUCAAAAUGUAUUUCAUGGUGUAUCCAAUAUGAAUAUUGUAGAUGUUUGUGUAAUUUUUCUAUAAACUUAACCAAAAAUAGAUAAGUUUGACUUACAAUAAAACUAAACUAUCUUAUAUAUAGCUUGAAAUAGAGGGAGUAUCUCAUUACAGACUUGGAUAGUUGGAUACAUGUUUAUCCAUUAUCAUUCAUACCGCAGUCAAACCAUGUCAGCUUUACCUUGUUUUAAGCCUUGCAUGUCAUUACUUUCCGUCUGUGCUUGCUGAGUUCGACAUGAACUCACCCUUGCUAUAAUAAUUAAAGGUUGCUCGGACGAACAAGAGUACAAUUGUAACUUCCCUAAGGACUACCCUGAGUCACUUGGUUGUUAGGCUCGUGUGAUUCUGCCGUCGACCUUCCUGUGGCAAGGUGGUCCUGCUACGUCGGCGCCAAUAGUCUCACUUUUUGUUAUGGAACAAUUUAGUUUAUGCUUUCUGUUCGUACUUUGAUCCAAUGGCUUGUAAUAAUGAUAUAUUAUACUCUUUUAUGUAAUUCGUUUGAACAC